UCAUUUUGGAUUUUCAAAUUCUCAUACCUAAAAUUAAUAAACAAAAUGAAGAAUUUGAAACUCCAAAAAAGCUAUCUUUAGUGCUCUAGGCUCAACAUAGCAAACUGUUCCAGAAAUCGCCCCAAUUCACCAUCAACAAAUGUCUCCAAUUCGUUCGCUGAAAAAGAGCGAAUCUCCAAAUAGCCUCAGCAAGCGCACCGACAAGACGCCUACUACGCCCAUUAGCCUUACUCCGAUCGACGAGACAAAAGCCUUAGAUAUGAACAACGUGAACGGGUUUAAUGGAAUUAAUAGUAAUCAGUUAACGCCCGAAACUCCUACACAGGAGCCGAUAAAGGAGGAGAUGAUUAAAAAGUCUACUGAAGCGACCCAAGUCGCUCCAGGAAUAGUAGACACGACUGUUGUCAAUGAAACACCGACUACUGGAGGCCUGACUGCGUCCGAAGUACUAGACCGCGCUCGUACGAGGUUCGACAAGUUUUGGGGCAAAAAAGAAGAAGAUAAUGUUUAGUCCAUUCCCGAUGUAGCCUUCACUUUCGACCGUAAACUGCAGUUAAUCUGAUGUUAAAAAUAAAAAAUCUCUGAAAAAGAAAACAAUUUUAAAUUAUUUGAAAUUGUGAUUAUUAUUAUUAUUAUCAAACAAAAAUCGUACACUAAAAGCGUUUACUGUAUAAUGAAAUCACAAAAUAAAUAAUAUUACUUUAAAAAUUACUUAAGCUUAUAAAUGGUAACUUCACGGUUUACGGCACGAAAAUUUAAAACUGAAGAUUAUAAACGUAGGAAAAAUUAUAAGCGCGGUGUUUAAACUUAUAAAAUCCAGAAAAAAAAGCUUCGCUUUUUAACGACGACUGUCUAUAUUUAUUAAUUUAUUAGGUAUUUUACUAUCAAUAAUACAAUCACAUCUAUUUAAUAGGAGUGUGGUGGCUUGUGAUAGUAGUUGAGGAUCGAUGAUAUUAGAGAAAUAAAUUGAUCGAUUUAUAUUUAUUAUAUGUAUAUUCCAUUUUCAAAUUUUCAUUAACCCUUAAUUUUUGUGUUUCCACGUAUUGAAUAAUUAACCAUAACCAGUUUCAAAUAAUCUAGUUACUGUUUAAUUAUUUAAUAGAUUAUUUCUUUAGCAAUUACAUUAUAUUCAAUAUUAUCUAUAUACGUACAAAGUGUACAAUAAAAACUGAACAUUAAAAAUGAAAUUAAAAAAUCAACACAAAAUACGUUCUAUGUCAACUUCAGAAACAACGUUCAAAAACAAUAAAUACAUUUGUUAAAAAUUCAAAGUAGAAGCAUAUAAUGUAUAAUUGUUGCAAAUUUAAAACUACAAGGGCAAUUGUAUACACACAACUGAGCCGUCCAAUGUAUAAUUAUUUGGCAAUAUAUUUUCUUGGCCAUUUAAAAAUAUGCUACAUUCCAAUGAUCCCAAAAAUAUCAGUAGGUAAGUUUUCGAACGUCCUAAUAUUAUGGCGUUUUAUGGCGGGAAUUGUUAAAUUAUACUUUUGAUUGUUCAUAAAUAUUAAUUGCGUCUCUGUAAAAGUAUAACUAAAUAAUAUUAUGGAUAUUUCACGUAAAUGUUGCCGUUUGUGUUUAUCAGAAACUGACUUUAACGUAUCGUUGUAUGGAAACUACUGUCGCAGAACUAAUAUGAUCGAAAAGAUUCUAGUUUGUCUUAAAUUGGUCAUCGAAGAAAGCGAUUAUUUGGACACGAUUUGCUUCAAAUGCGCUGCUAAUAUAGAGAGGUACCACGAUUUUACAGUGGACAUAAAAAAAUGUCAGGUACGAUAUUGCAAAGAAAAUGGUCACGAGCCUCGUCAAAGGGGCAUCGAAUGUUCCCCUAAUCAGUUGAAUAGACGUCACGUCACUUCUUACGUGAGAGAACAGGUGUACGACGCAGAUUACACGUUCUCUUUCCUCGACAUGCCAAACAACGAAGAAAACAGAGAAACAAAGUCAUCUAGCCCGUUCUUUUCAUAUUUCUCACCACCGAAUGUGGUAAUAAAGAAGACAAGUAACGAACCUCUUUGGAAGACCCCUAAACCUUCUGUUAAUACUCCAAAGCAAGAAUCGAAGGAAAACAAAUACAAAAGACAAUAUAAAACAGAGCAAGUACCUCGACAUCAUUCUAGAGAUUUGUUCGAGUCCCAGUCUCAAGACAAUGAUGAUCUCGAACCAAAAUCUCUAGAUUGGAAACUGACUCCAGAUGACAAUAUAAUUAAAAGAGUUAGACAAAAAUGUUUCGGCCGAGCCGAUUUCUAAUAUGACUCCAAUAAUAUAAUUAAUUCAUAAGUGAUUGAUUAUUUAACAAUGUUAUGUUUUGUUGUUACAAAUUACUUUAUUGAUAGUUCCAACUAUUUAAAUAAUACGAGUAUACCUAAUAUUUGAUGUUCUUUGUAUUCUUAAUGGAAUUCUGUAGAAACAGGGUAUAAUUAGAUAAAUUUUGAUUUGUAAACUGAUAAUUGAUGGAAUGUCGUUACAGAGGUGUUUUAAAAUUGAAUAUUUGAGUGAAUAUUUUCAAUUAUAUUUAUUUUAUAUCCAAUCUCUAGUCUGUAAUGUCCAUCUUAUCCUUCCAAAAUCACUCAAAGACAAUGUUAUUUUUUAAAGCUUUUUAAUACAUAUAUGUAUUACUCUAGUGCUAUUAUAAAAUAAAUACAUCUUCUCAAAGUGUGUAUGUAUUUAGUAAUAAAUACGGACAGCUAGAUAAUUGUAAAGAAUAUUUUACUUUGUUACACCUACAUAUGCAAAAAAUCCUCAAAAAUAUUGUUAUAUUGUGACAAAUAAAAUAAGAAAUAUUUUGUUGAUUUAUUUUUAAUUCUGUUUUAGGUGAUAUAAGAUUAUCUCAUAGCACUAAUAUGAUUUAAAAUAAGUUCCUAUUUUUAAAUAUACUUUUGUUUGCGCACAAAAAAAAAUAAUGAAUUGUUUUUGAGCCCUGCCCAAUGAACUAAAUAUAUAAUUUUAGAACUAUAGACAUCUCAAUAGCUGAUAAAUAUUAUGAAAAAUCAUAGCUUUGCUACCGAUUUGUAAUAGCGUGUGUAAAUUUUCAGUUGUAAUAACGAAAGGACACCUAAAUAAAAUUUUUAAAAUUACUUUGUUUAAUUUAAACCUUGCCUGAAUAAUUAUGUAGUAUUUAAGUUCCUUCUGUGAUUAUAACAUAGACUAUACCAUAAAUUAUCUUAUUGGACUUUUUCUUUUAUUAAUAGCUUAUUUCGCAUAAUUCAGCUAAUGU